CACUGAUAUCAGUAGUUUCGCAGGACUUGCAACCCCGAAGAUGGCGAUGGUGGCUGGUGGUGGUGGUGCUGGCAACGUUGCCACAAGGGCCAAGGAUGUGUGGCGACUGGUGGACAUGCUGAGGGCCUCUCAGCGCGUCACCGUCCUCACGGGAGCAGGCAUUAGCACGGACAGCGGAAUCCCUGAUUAUCGCAGUCCAGGGAGACCGCCGUAUCGUCCACUGCAGCACCACGAGUUUAUGAACAGCGAGUAUACGCGCAAGCGCUACUGGGCUCGCAGCCUUGUCGGCUACCCGCGGCUGAGCCAGGCACGCCCAAAUGCUGCGCACAAGGCAUUGGUGGAGUUUGAGCAAACAGGAAAGCUGGCGCACAUCAUCACGCAGAACGUCGACUGCCUUCACCAACGGGCCGGGUCAAACAGCGUCCUCAACUUGCACGGGAACAUCCACGAGGUUGUGUGCUUGAAAUGCGGCCACGUCUCAUGCCGGGUAGCGUAUCAGGACUUGCUGUUGCAUCACAACCCGCACAUGCGCGGAGCCCUCAGUACCGACCACGGCACAUCUGCCGCGCGCCCCGAUGGCGAUGUGGAACUUGGGGAGGACGCAUAUGCAUCGUUCAACCUCGUCCACUGCGGCCACGAUCAGGGGUGGAUGAAGCCGCACGUCGUCUUCUUUGGCGAUAACCUCGAGCAAGAGGUGGUGCAACAAUCGUACCAAGCUGUCGAUGAUGGCGACAUGCUGCUGGUCGCAGGUACGUCGCUACAGGUGUGGAGUGCACUCCGCCUGGUGCGGCGUGCCAUAUCCGAUGGCAAACCCGUCGCCGUCGUCACGCGCGGACCAACCAGGGCUGACGAUAUCGUGACGCUGAAGCUGGACGUUCCACUCGCAGACACGCUGCCGUCAAUCCUACAAGAUGCAGCAUAGGCGUGCACAAGUGCACACACAAACACAUGCGUGUGCGUGCGUGCGUGCGUGCGUGCGUGCGUACACAUGUACAUGUGUGUAUGAUCGUGCUGUCGUUCAUGUGUCUCUCGCCAUGUUUUCCACCCAUCUGCCUGGAACGCCUUCCCUGCCAUCACCAAGUGAGGUUCGCGCUGUCUUUCCUUCUCCAUCCUUCAUCAUCCCGUACUUGUGGUUUAUUCGUGUACAUAAAGAUACGGAUGCCACUUGACCCGC